UAUGUACAUAAAUGUCAAUAUAGAUAUCACAAAAUAUAAAUAUGAUAAAACCAAGUCCCAAAAAAACAGCUUUUGGCAUCGCAAAUGGCUGCCCACAUUUGUCGGCGGGAAUCCCAUCGCUCCAUCCGUUGCCGGAGAAUCAACUUUCACCCUACAUUACAGAUGAGGACACCGAUCCUCAAACUUUUCCCCUUCUCCAUCCGUUCAUCGGGGAGGAUUCCAAUUCGUCGAUUCCAUGGACGACAGCUCGGAAUCUUACAGAAAUAUACGCCGGGAGAUCCCCGGGAAUGUCACCAACGAUUUCUGCUACGUCGACAUCGCACUGCACUCCACCGGAAUUUGGGGACAGACCGGCGCCAGAAACAUCCUCCACUUCGCCUUGCCGCGCCUGCAGCUUCAAAUCGCCAUCAUUUUCAUUCUCACCCAAUCGAUUCAUUUUAUGCUCCGCCGCUUUCACUUGCCCCGCCUUGUUUCCGAGAUCCUGGCUGGAAUAAUCCUCGGACCGACUAUCCUAGGACAGAUCGACGGUAUUCAAGAUGCAUUGUUUCCUAAAGAAGGGGAUGUCUACUUAGACUUGCUGUCGAAAAUCGGGUACAUCUUCUUCAUAUUUCUUUGUGGCGUCAAGAUGGAUCCGAGAACAGUUCUGCGAACCGGCGUCAAGGCCUGGACGAUAGGCGUUCUUGGGGUAACGCUUCCAAUCACCGGCGGCAUGAUUAUGAGUGUUGUGAAUCAGAAACACAUUCACAGGUACCGGUGGCCGGCGUUUAAAAGUAUUGUCGGGAUUGAGAAUUUGUUCCCGUUUCCCGUGAUCGCUUCCAUGCUCGUCGACUUGAAAAUUAUGAACUCGGAGCUGGGAAGGCUGGCGCUGGCGUGCGCCCUGAUCAGCGACUUCGUCAGCAACCUUACCUUCAGCGUCAUUACGUUAGGGAGAGUCGGGCAGAUGGGAUUCGCGAGCGUUAUCAUGAUUCACUCGACAUUCUUAACGAUCUGUCUAAUCUUGUUUAUCCUUUUCGUGGGGCGGCCGAUUUGCUUGUGGAUCGUUCAGAAGACCCCCGAAGGAAAGCCCGUCAGCAGAAUACACGUCAUUCUUGUCGCUACUUUGGUCCUAGUCGUCGUCUUGUUUACGGACAAUGUGGGACUUAAUUAUCAGUACGGUCCGUUUCUAUUCGGCUUAGCUGUUCCGGAUGGGCCGCCUUUGGGGUCGACUCUUGUCGACAGGCUGGAGACUCUCGUGUCGGGACUGCUGGCACCGCUCUUGGUAACCUACUGCGGGAUGAACGUGAAUUUAAUCGAGCUUUAUGAUCUUAGAUUUAUCGGCGUUGUGUGGCUCGUCAUUUCCCUUUGCUUGUUGAUGAAAUUGGCGGCAUUUUUUGUGCCGGCGUUGUUCUGUGGCGUGCCCGUGAAAGAUGCUGGAGCGCUCGCGUUCAUCAUGACCGCUCAAGGCGUCGUUCAGAUGUCGUUUUAUUACUACAACGCCGUAAAUCAGACGUUCGACACCGAAACUUUCUCGAUGCUGACGAUGUCCGUCCUGACCCAAGCCGCCGCGUCGAAUCUCAUCGUGAAGCGUCUCUACGACAGCUCGAGAAUGUACACCGGCUACCAGAAGCGCGACAUUCAGCACACCUCCCUCAACUCGGAGCUGCGCGUGCUCGUCUCCUCCCAUCGCGUCGACGACGUUCUCGCCGCGAAGAAGCUUCUAGAAGUUUCCUUCCCGAGUAAAGAAAGCCCCCUCGCCGUCUAUGCCAUCCAUCUCGUCGAGCUCGCUGGCCGCGCUCACCCCCAGUUGAUCGACCACCAGCUCGGCCAGAAAUCGUCCGGCGGGACACGGACCCAGAAAAUGAUCGAGAUCUUCGCCGCGUUCGAGCAGCAGUUCGCGGGGUUCGUCGCCGUCCAGCAGUUCACGGCGAUGUCUCUGACAAAGUUCAUGCACCAUGACAUCUGCACGCUCGCGUUCAACAAGCUCGCAUCGCUGAUAAUCCUCCCGUUCCACCGGAAAUGGAACCACCAGGGGAAGAUGAUCCUCGACUGCAGCAGCCUCCGCGCGAUCAACUGUGACGCCCUGGAGAUGGCUCCAUGCUCCGUUGCCAUCCUCGUCGACCGCCACAAGGUGCGUCGCAACCCGUCCCCGACGUACAAUGUCGGGGUCGCAUUCUUCGGCGGGAACGACGACCGCGAGGCGCUGGCCUACGCAAAGCGGAUGGCACAGUCGCCGGACGUGCAUCUGACCGUUGUCCGGUUCGUGCCUUGGGAUAUCUACGCUGGGGACAACCAGUGGGACGCAGUACUCGACGCCGAGAUACUUAAGGACAUGCGGAUGCAGGGGGCGCAUCAGGACAACAUGGUGUACAAGGAGGAGCGGGUUAAGGACGGGGCCGAGACUGCGCUGUUGAUACACGCCAUGGAGGAGGCGUUCGACCUCAUAAUGGUCGGGCGGCGGCACCGGGAGGAUACGCCGCAGCUGUUGGGGCUGAGCGAGUGGAACGACCUGCGGGAGAUGGGUCCCGUCGGCGACAUGCUGGCGGCGCCGGACCUUGCCAUGCCGGUGUCGGUUUUGGUGGUGCAACACCAGAAUGUGAAGGGGAUUUGAAGUUUAGAUUAGGGUAGGUUUGGUGUAUAGAAAUUGAGAGAGAGAAAUAAAAUUUUUUUGGCUUUAUUUGUUUCA